ACUCAGAUUACCCUGCCUGUACUGUUCUCUGUUCCAGAUCGCCUGCCUGCCCAGGACGUGUAUAGUCCAGCCGGCUACAACAUUCACAAUUCUCAGGAGCACACAGAAGGGGACAUGGAAUUUGAACUUUUCUGAACCACCGAGUUUAGAAGUUUAAAGUUCAGUAGGGAAAGCAUCAUGGAUGACCAACAAAGGGGCAGGAGCGGCGGCAGGACCCUGAGACCUGGAAGUGCUUCUGACACCAUACUCUUCACAAGUCCAUUGAUGGGGGAUGUGGUGUCAGAUUGGUCCCCAAUGCAUGAUGCUGCGAUCCAUGGCCGCCUUCUGUCCCUGCGUAACCUCCUGAGCCAGGGUUGGCCUGUAAACCUCAUCACUGCAGACCAAGUGUCUCCUCUUCAUGAAGCCUGUCUUGGAGGCCAUUCAUCUUGUGUAAAUCUUUUGCUCAGCCAUGGAGCUCGGGUGAACUGUACCACCGUAGACUGGCACACUCCCCUGUAUAACGCUUGUGUCAACGGCAGCCGGGAAUGUGCAGAUUUGCUCCUCCGCCAUGGGGCCAGCCCGCACCCUGUCAACGAUGUGGCAUCCCCCAUGCACGAAGCUGCCAAAAGAGGGCACUUAGAAUGCAUCGAGUCACUGAUAACUUAUGGGGGUGAUAUUGACCAUAACAUCAACCACCUUGGCACACCUCUUUACCAAGCUUGUAAACACCAACAUGUGGACUGCGCCAAGAGGCUUCUCCAGUCAGGAGCCAAUGUCAACCUCGGCAAAGGACUGGAUUCCCCGCUCCAUGUUGUGGCCAGAGGGUCCAAUGACAAGAUGGCAUGUUUGCUUAUCGAUUUCGGAGCUGACAUGCACGCCAAGGACAUCGAUGGCAAACGUCCAGUAGAUCUAGUGUCUCCGGAAAGUCCUGUGACCCAGAUAUUCAUGGAGCGAGAAGGGCCUCCUUCUUUAAUGCAACUGUGCCGACUGCGAAUUCGGAAAUGCUUUCGUAGCCAUCAGCAUUACAAGAUAGGUUCUCUCUUCCUCCCUGAAGAGCUGAAAGAGUACCUCUUGCACGCUUAAUCGUGUCAAGAAAAUGCUUUGCUGGACAACAGUACUAAAAUCUGUGUCCAGAACUUAAAA